CAGGCUAACUUGGCUGUUGUUUGGACGUCAGGACUGGGCUAAGUGGCUGAACCAAGUUUCUGCUCGCUGGUGCCAACGCCCGGCGAAAACAUCCAACUUAUCAGAUAAAAACACAGAGCUAACGCAAUUGUCAGCAGCAACCCGAAAGCACAGAGAUGCAGACUAUCAAGUGUGUUGUGGUGGGUGAUGGAGCAGUGGGAAAAACCUGCUUAUUGAUUUCAUACACCACCAACAAGUUCCCUUCUGAAUAUGUACCAACAGUGUUUGACAACUAUGCAGUAACUGUAAUGAUCGGGGGUGAACCAUACACCCUUGGCUUAUUUGAUACAGCAGGUCAAGAGGAUUACGACAGGUUACGACCACUAAGCUACCCCCAGACUGAUGUUUUCCUAGUCUGUUUCUCAGUUGUUUCACCUUCCUCAUUUGAGAAUGUUAAAGAAAAGUGGGUUCCUGAAAUCACCCACCAUUGUCCUAAGACCCCGUUCCUGUUGGUAGGCACACAGAUUGACCUCCGUGAUGACCCCUCCACAGUGGAGAAGUUGGCUAAGAACAAACAGAAGCCAAUCACCCCUGAGACAGCAGAAAAGCUUGCUCGAGACCUCAAGGCAGUUAAAUAUGUGGAGUGCUCAGCCCUAACUCAGAAAGGAUUAAAGAAUGUGUUUGAUGAGGCAAUACUGGCUGCCCUGGAACCUCCUGAACCUAAGAAAAAGCGUAAAUGCAUUCUGCUCUAAGAUGCUUCACUAUUACUUCUGUUUUCCCAAACUCGGUUAAUAGUACUGAUACAGUUUCCUGCACAAGCACAUUCCACCGUUAGUUGAGAUGUCAUCAAGUUUUAGCCUUCUCACCAACUUAACCUAAGCAGAUGUUUAAUGUUAUAGGAUUUGAUUUUUUUUUUUUUUUUACUUGAUUAUCCUAUUAUGCUGUGCAAGAAAUUUUGAUGUCACUGAUGGUUGGAAACUUCACGAACUCCUGCCUGGUUAAACAAACCACAAACUGGAGAAACGUCUCGAUUUAACUUCAGUGUUAAUUUUAUGGAAGGAUUUCAGAAUAACUAAAAGUUUCCUGCACAUAGUUAUUGUUAUAGUGUUGGAAUUGUUUUGCAUUUCAUUGAAAAUGACUUAAAUUGUUAAGACUUCAACAUUCUAUCACCAGCUUUUUACAUAAAGCAAUAAUAAUCCCUGUGUUUCUUUACAUUUAAAAUGUCUUUCAGUCAUUUCAGCAUGGCCUUUAGGAUGAUCUAUGACAUGCAAUGCAGGAUAUUUCCACCCUUGUCCUAAUUUUCCCCAGACCGAGCCUUCUAAAUGCUUGACU